AUUAAUUAAAUAUGAGUUAUCCAGAACCUACUGACCUAAUAAUCUGUCCCUUUAAUAGGGAAGGGCUUCAUUGCUUCAAUGACAUGAUUUUAUUUGGCCCGAAUGUGAGACUCCUGGUCGAGUGGAGCAAUCUUAUCCAUCCCAUCACAAUCUAUGUCAAAUUCUUUUAGAGCUUUCUGAUUUCAGUGGAUUUACGUCAUGAGAGACUGGUCGCCAAGAGGUAAAAAAUGGCUUAAAUUUGCAUCUGUAGAAACAAUCGCGCGUGAACAGCUGAUACAAAGCACAACAUCAAGGGAAACAAAAGAAGAAAUGGAUGAUAAUUUAGAGACCAAGGGGAAUUGGCUUCCUGGUGACUUGCUUUUUGAGGUUUUUCUUCUACUUCCAGCUGAAACUCUCUGCAAACUGCGUUGUGUAUGCAAGUCGCUUCUCAACAUGAUCAACAGUACGAGUUUUAUUGAAGAUCACUUUCGUCAGUCUGAGAGAGUUCUAAUUACUGAAAUUUCCUUUCACAAGGAAAACAUACGGUCACCUUUUCCACUACCUUCAGAUAAGAAGAAUGAACUUUAUUUCCAUUUCUGGGAUAUCCAUAGCGGCAAAGGCCAUAAAGUUUGUAUGCCAGAUACUUUGGGGAACAUAAAGUGCAUUUUGGCUGCCUGCAAUGGUUUGGUCCUUGCCAAGAUUGCGAAAAAUGGAGGUCUAGUUGUUAUGAAUCCAAGUACACGGAACCACGUUAGAAUGCCUCUUGGUACGAUUGGCUUCGCGCAGGAGUGCUAUGCCUUCAUGUUCAGCCAUUUCACAGGUUCUUAUAAAGUAGUACACUUAUUCCGCGGUAACUCUAGAAACAUUCGCUGUGAGAUCCUGAACCUCACAACAAGAUCGUGGCAUGCAGUGGAUGGACCUAAAUCAGGAGAAUUUGGAUUGAUCACAACUCAUAGAUCUGUUUCAGCAAUUGGUGCUUUGUAUUGGCUUCCACAGAUUGAUGGCUGUAACCAUGUUGUCUCCUUGGGAUUUCAUGAUGAGAAAUUCCUAACUGUACCUCUACCAAUCAGCAGCACGAAAAACGAUCGACUCGUUGAAAUUGGAGGGUCCCUGAGCUUCAUAACUCAUGCCACAUUGAAUUUGAUUCAGGUAUGGAUACUGAAGAAUGGGAAUUGGUUAAAGAGGUAUAGUAUCAACAGGUUAUAUGAUAUCACAGGAUUUAUUCCCCUUUGCGCGUCGACUAAGGAGAUAUUUUUCCAGAGAGAAGAAGGAUACCCUUUGUUACAUAUUUACAACUUUGAAGCUGAAGAAAUGCAGGAGAUCAAUUUUAAAGGCACCAACAGAGUUGGAGAUCUUUAUAUGCCUCAUGUAAAGUCCCUUGUUUCAUGGGAUAAUCCUCAACUUCAAUGAGAUG